AUUGUCUGCAAACAUGACGAAGUCGUAUAUAAUGAACGGUCUGGUGGAGAAGAUGCAAUCCCCAGACCAGGACUUCCGCUAUAUGGGUCUGAACGACUUGUUGUUGGAGAUCAAGCAGGAUCCAAACAGCUUUCUCGGCGAUGAGACGACUGAGAACAAGGUCUUGCGACAAGUUCUCUCCCUGGUCGAGGACAAGAUCUCGGAAGUUAAGAACCAAGCCGUCAAGUGCUUGGGUCAGCUCAUCAAGAUCAUCCGGGAAUCCCAGAUGGAGUUCGUCGUUGACAAGCUGAUUGAUUUCUCCGCGGGGAAGGACGAGGAGCUACGAGAUAUCUCUGGUCUUGCCUUGAAGACUAUUACGUCAGAGCUUCCACCAGAGGGCAAGAUCGCGGCGAAGGCGUGCGAGAAGCUGACUCCCAAGCUCCUCGGCCAGGUGGCGAAUUCUGACACCCCACCUGAGACCUUAAUUGAGACUCUUGCUAUCUUGUCCAUCUUGAUCACUCGUUUCCCCGCAUACCUCUCUAAUGUGGAGCCGCCGCCCGUAAUUGUGCUUACGCCAGUCCUGAACCACUCUCGUCCGGCCGUAAGGAAACGUGCGAUCACUACUUUGGCACAGUUUCUGCCGCAUGCGCAGCCGCAGGAGUUCUCUACGCUCCUUUCCUCUAUCAUCAUACCUGGACUUGCCCCGUCCGCCAAUGUCGAGAAGCAGAGGACAGUCGUGCAACUAGUGGCAGCCAUUGCGCGUCAUUCACCACAUCAGAUUGCACCGACACUGAGUGAUAUCAUCCCUAACAUCCUCAAGGACUCACAGAGAGACGAUGAGGAGCUUCGGGAGAGUUCCCUGCAGGCCCUCGAGGCGGUCGUAUUGAGGUGCCCGAGUGAGGUCACACCUUACUUGAAGUCUGUUAUUCAGGUCGGCAACCAGUAUAUCAAAUAUGAUCCAAAUUAUGCAGGCGAUCUCGACGAUGAAGAUGAAGAGAUGCCCGACGAGGACGACGAGGACGAUGAAGACCUCGGCGACGAAUACUCGGACGAUGAGGAUACCUCGUAUAAAAUUCGUCGUUCAGCAACAAAGCUACUUGCUGCCGUUGUGGCGACGCGGCCAGAGCUCCUAACAAUGUUGUAUAAGGAAGUCUCUCCCGUACUCAUCUCACGAUUCGGAGACCGCGAAGAGACCGUGCGACUAGAAGUUUGGUCAACAUAUGGUGUUCUUCUCAACCAAACGAGCGUUUAUGGUGGUUCACCACAAAACAAUGCGGAGUACACAGUAGGCGGCAAGCGAAAACGCGAAGAGGGCAUGGAGGUCGAGGAAAGUCCGUACAACCUACUGCAAUCACAGGUUCCUUCGUUGUCGAAGGCUCUUCUUGGUCAGAUCAAGUCGUCGAAGACCCCUCCUGCUACUUUGGAAGCUGGUUUCUCACUGCUCUAUAAACUCUUGACCGUUCUCCCCGGCUGUCUAGCGAGCCAAUCUGCGCAGAUUAUCUCGACUGCUAAGGCCGUCCUUUCUUCCUCGUCUCGGGCAAGCUCCGCCAGUCUGCAGGUCACCACCAUGUCAUUCCUCACUUUGUUCUUUUCGAAGCACGCCCCUCCUGUAUAUGCUGGCCAGCUCGACUCUAUCACCCCGUUGCUCCUCCAGGCUCUCGGCGAGAAGCACCCUCGAAUCGCGACAGAGGCCUUCCGUAUCUUCUCCGCUCUCCUCAUCGCAAUGCACCCUGUGAAGGGUGGGGCGUGGGUCGACCGUGUGUAUGACGAAGCGGUGAAGCGACUGAGCAACCAUGACACGGACGCGGACGUCCGCGCAGGGGCUGAAGAGGUUAUCGGAGACCUUUGGGUUUCGGCGACGGACGUGCUGAAAACAAAGAACAGGAAGGAGUGGGAGUACAUCUGCAGGACGUCUGGACGCACGGACGGCGCGGUCAGGGUUGUGACCAAGGUCGCGACGAAAGUCGAGAUUGGAGAUGAUUGGGUCAACGGAGGCGUCGAGUGGGUCACGGUCUUGCUCAAGAAGAGCGGGAGGAGCGGCAAGAUCGACGUGUUCAACUGUUUGGGCUCUCUUCUCAAGAAGUACAACACUAUCCCACCCGACCUGCCUAUCAACCUUAUUCCACCUCUCAAGCCCUACCUGAACGCGAGCGACAUUUCGCUGCUUGGAGCUGCGCUGGACAUCCUUGCUCUCCUGCUCGAGCUUGCUCCCAAAGCGACGUUCCCAGAAGUCGAACGCGAGGUUCUGUCAGACGUGUACGGCAUCGCGUACUCCCCGCUCCUGUCUGGCGCCCCCUUCGAGUCCUUGCUCGGCUUCUGGGGGGCACUCGUGGAGGCGGACAUGCAGAUCGCGACACAUGUAAUACCGAACUUGGUGGCGGCGGUCGAGAGGGCACCCAAGGCUGAGGCGUCCCUUACCAAUGUGGCCAAGUGUGUGGGACAGGUCGUAAUUUCGCAACGUGCUGUGGCGGCUGGAACGAUCGCUGAGUUCGCAAGGCACUUGAAGCCCACAUCCAAGGCGAAGACGUCCCAGGUCGUCCUCAGCUUACUCGUUGUAGGCGAAGUUGGUCGCUUGAUCGACAUGUCCCCGCAGCAAGAGAUCUUCAAUCAAGCGAUAGAGAGAUUCGCGGCAGAGCAAGAGGAGGUCCGCACCGCUGCCGCCUUCGCCGCUGGUAACAUCGCCGUGGGCAAUCUGCACCACUUCUUGCCGCUCAUCGUCAAGAUGGUCGAGCAUGAUCAGGAGAAGCGACUGCUGUCCUUGCACGCGAUCAAGGAGAUCGUCACUCACUGCUCGCAUGGCCAACUCGAGACUGUCGCCGAGCAGCUCUGGACGCCGUUGUUCGAGAACUCGGAGAACACGGAGGAGACGACUCGCAAUGUCGCCGCGGCGUGUCUGGGCAAGCUCACGACUACGCAGCCUGCACGCUUCCUUCCGCAACUCCAUGAACGCAUCAAAGACCCCAACCCUGCAACAAGGGCCACAGUGCUUUCCGCGAUUCGCUACACUUUCGCGGAGGCGCAGCCAUCGUUUGACGAGCUUCUUGGCAGCGUCAUCUUGGACUUCUUGUCCCUGCUUUCCGACGCAGAUCUGACUGUAAGACGCCUCGCGCUUUCCGCGCUCAAUUCUGCUGCUCGCUCAAGACCGCAUCUCAUCCGCGAUCACUUGUCGACGUUGCUGCCGAGCCUGUACAAAGAGACUGUUGUCAACCCGGAUCUCAUCCGAACCGUGCAAAUGGGGCCUUGGACGCACAAGGUCGACGACGGUCUCGAGGCCCGCAAGACGGCUUACGAGACGCUAUACACACUUCUGGAUACGUGCCUGAUGAAACUGGACCUACACGACUUCCUCGGCCAUGUCGCUACCGGUCUUGCGGACGACUCGGACGAAGUGAAGGUCAUCUGCCACAUGAUGCUGUUCCGUCUCGCACAGGUCGCGCCUACGGCCGUUGCCCAGCGCUUGGACGACCUGACGCCGCCGCUGGAGAAGAGCAUGAAGGGACCUGCGGUGACGAAGGAUACGGUCAAGCAGGACUUGGAGCGUACUGCAGAGCUCCAGCGCAGUACCCUGCGUGCUGUCGCGGCGCUCAGCAAGAUCAGCCAGUCGGGCGCAAGCCCGAAGUUUGACGCGUUCGUCGCUGCGACGUCAAAGUCUCCUGAAUGGGGCCACGAGUUCCGCGAGCUCGUCGGUGCAUGAUCGCAAGCGGGAAGGAAAGAAUGGAAUGAAUAGUUUUGUAUGUGAUCAUGAAGCGAAUACCUGUCAUACCACCCAUGUUGUAUGUUCGUAGACAAUGGCUUUCUAAUGCUGUACGCCGUGCUAUUCACAAAUUCUGUUCAAUG